UAUCGUCUACCUGCUGUUGCCUUCCCGAUAGGCAACGGUGCUCAUGGGAACAGCACACUUUAAAAAAUUAAAAAAUCAAAGGUACGCCAGGCGGGUUGUCCUCAUCCGAGCGACAGCCACACACACACUGGGUGCACUUCUGUAUUUCAAACGCUCGAGGACUGUCGCCGGACCAGCAACAGGGAAGGAAGGGACACAAAGGACCUCUUACAUUGACAUAAGCCAUGGCUUGCAGUGUCAGGAGGUCACAGGUCGUGAACAAUACCACAUGAUCGAAGACUUUCCUGAGCUGAGUGGAUGGGUAUAUGUACGAGAUACGUGAGUGGAUCGGUAUUGCUCAUCUUAGGGACUUACACUUACUGUUCACAUCUGACAGGAUCUGAAGGAAUAUGUGCUGUUCACAACUGAAGGAAUAUGUAUUGUUCACAAUUGAAGGAAUGUGUUCUAUUCACAACUGAAGGAAUAUGUUCUGUUUACAACUGGGCGGAUGUGUACAGUUAGCGCUUGUGUACAACUUACAAGUCAGAGGACAGAUCACUUUAUAUUUACGGCGAUGAUUGGGUUAACCCUUUAACUGAACUAAACAGUGUACAGUUGGACCAAGUGACUGAAUUGAUACAGAUUACAAGGAAGGAAUGAGGAAUAUUUUGUCGUCCGACAGAUCCUGAUAGCGUGGCUGGGAACUCAGAAGAUUAAAAGUGUAAAACAAAGAAAUUGUACUUUGUGUGAAAACACAUUGUGCAGGUAGCAGGUUGUUUGGAAGAUGUAUGCAGCUCACCUGUCGCCAGAUUCCACGCCUCUGGAUCUGUCUCCAAACAUGGAGCCAUGCGACGCCUUAUCGCAGGAGGCCCCGCGAUUCCCCCUCAAGGCGGUGACCAAACUGGAGGAGGUGGAGGAGAUGGAGGAGAUGGGCGAGGAAGAAGAAGAGAAAGGUCCGCAGUCCAGCAGCCUUCUGUCCGACCCUGACCGGGCAGCCGACCGGGAGGCGGUGGCAGUAACACUGGUGACGAUGGACAUGGCCAAGGCCCCCGCUCCCGGCUCCUGGCCCAUGACCCUGUUGGCUGGCGAGGGCGGAGGUGGGGCCGAUAUGAGGCGCAUGCCGCGCAAGAAGCAGCGGAAAAAACCUCGGGAGGACGAGAAGAUCUGCCGGGUGUGCGGCGACAAGGCCCUGGCCCACAACUUCGACGCCAUCACCUGCGAGUCGUGCAAGGCCUUCUUCCGCAGAAACGCGCUGCGCUCGGAGCGCAGCUCGUGUUUGUUCAAAAACAACUGCCCCAUCACGAUUCAGACGCGGCGAUUCUGUCCGUCCUGUCGCCUCAAGAAAUGUUUUGAUGUCGGCAUGAAAGCCGAUUUCAUCCUGGACGAGAGUGAACGCAAGGCCCGGAUGGACAAGGUUACAUUGAACCGCGUCAAGCGCCUGACGAGGGACUCGCUGGACGACAUGGGCGACUCUCAGGUAGGGUCAUCCAGUCAGUCGUACUCCUUGACCUCUCCGCUUCCCCGUGACGACACGUCGCAAGCUGCAAGCCCCGACGCGCACCCGGUGGGGCUGGUAUACCAGCAACAUCAGCAGUCGGUUCUGCAGGACAUGUUGUUUCAGCAGCAGCCACCGCUACAGGAGACGAUUGCCCACGGCCCUAGUCAUCAGCAUCCGAGCAGCAUUAACAUUUCACCCGAAUGCCGCCCAACCGAGCUGCCUGAGCCAGUCGCAGGACCUGAGGCAAGAUGUCGACUGUCUGAACACCUGCAGCACUUCCAUCAAAUUCAGCAGCAGCAGCAGCAGCCGCCGUCACUCACCUCCCAGGCAUCCUGCCACAGUCCCCUCUCACCCCACUCCUCCUCGACCACCUACAGCCGGCACACUCCUAAUGUCACUGCGGCCCCUUCUGCUGCGCCUGCACCGUUGGAACCGGAUUUCCAGCACGUGCCGCGCGACCUUCUGCCCUCUGACCCGCACAUGUACUGGCGGCUGUCGGAGGAGGAGAAGACUCUGCUGACGCAGCUGUCCAGCGCCUAUCAGGACACCAUCCUGACCCUUCCCGAGCGCGUGCCAGCCAGCGAGCUUGGGUGCCGCCUGGGCAACCCACCGCCCCCACGAACACUGGAGAACAUCUUUGAGACGGCAGAGAAGAAUGUGAGGCAGAUCGUCACCUUCGUGCAGCGCCUGGGGGACUUCCAGAUGCUGCGGCAGGACGACCAGAUCGCCACACUGCAGGCUUCUGGCUUGCGCGUGAUUCUCUUGCGAUGGUCAGCCCUGUUCGUCGUAGAGCGCGACGCCUGGCUGUCCAGAUACGGAGAGACAACCGUGGCCAGCAUGGCGCUGAUAUUUGGUCACGAGGAUGUCAUUCGCAGAUUGUCCAUCUUCUGCAGAUCGGUGAAGAUUAUCCUGAAGAAUGAUGUUACACUCUACGUCCUUCUGCACUGCCUGGUAAUGUUCGAUCCGCGCGAGGCCAACAUCGUGGACCGGCAGCUGAUCAACACUUUCCGGGACAAGUACAUCAUCCUGCUGAAGCACUACCUUGAGUCUGAGUACUCAUUCCUGUACGCUGAGCGCUACAUGAGUGCCAUCAUGGACAAGGUGGUGGAGAUCCGCCAGACGGCGCAGCUGAGCUUAACGGCCAUGCGCCAGUUCAUGGACUUCAUCCCGCCACUGAUGAAACAACUCCUCAAUCUGAGCGAGUGUAGUUAGGAGAGCGGAGGGGGCUAACUGGGCGAGUGGAGGAUAGACGCCAGGUCGUGUUGUCCACCCGAGUUCCCCAAACCCUCCUUUGGAUUUUGACUUGCCUGCUUGUCUUUGCUGUCGGGUGUAGUAGUUUGUGGCGCUGUUGUUGCUGUUUCUCAUCCUCAUCAACAUUUCAGUUUUGCAGAUGAUUUCCACCUGCCUGCCGGCGGAAGAGAAGUUCAACCCAAGCAGCACACACACACACACUCACUCACACACGCACAGACGGCGCACAUUCACACACCAUUAUACUUUCAGUUAUGAGGCUAAUGUUUUCUUGUAGAAAUAUUCGCUGAAAAUGGACAAAGUGAAAAUCACAAAACAAAAAGCAAAAGAAACACGAAAAAGUUCAUGUUUUCGCAGCCAUCAACGUACCAGGAAUACCCCCGGUUUAUACGACAGGUACAUAUCGCUUUGAUGCAUCGUCUCGGCACACUGGAUCAUUUUUGUGUGAACUGUUUGAUGUUUCAGGGUAGGACCUGACUCAGCAGGAACUUGCUCAGCAGCUCAAUUUUAUCCGAGCCCUUUUUUCUCAUUAGAUUCUAUGGACGAGUCGAAAGCGAGUUGUCCCUUGAUACUAAGAAGGGCCUGUGGUAUUAAUUCAUCUGUAGAUGUAACAUAUUUAUUAUAAGUUGUUCACCUCAUAUCGACAAGGUGCUGUGCUGUGCAUAAUUUUGAUAAUGUAUGUUUGCUACGAAGAUUUAGACAUGACGUAGAAAUAGCUUAAGAGGAGCUUUUAAAUCGAAUUAUGUUGCGGUAACGAAGAGCCACAAUGUAAUGUUAACAGUUUGCAACACAAAACUGUGAAAUUCUGUUGAGCAGUUCUCAUCUUUCACUUUCCCCACUCGCUCCUCUCCAACACUCAUAAAAGCGAGUUUAUUUUAGCAGAUAUCAUCUUUUUCUUUAACUCCUUGCAUCUCUUACACCUUAUCACCCUUACCCCUCCCUACAUGGUCUUAGCUACUUAUAAUUCUAAUAGUAUUUUCUGUAAUCAUGCAAAAAGUCUGCAUCUCAUUUUACGUAUUGUACCAGGUAAAGUCUAGGAAAACUUCGACGCCUCAUUCUUGUCACCUGCCAGAGUGCCGGAAAGUUGACCGUACACAGCGGGAAUCGGUUAUUUUAUUUAUUUUAUUUGUACUUUUUGUCAGUCUGAUGUGGCCAACCUGCUGCCUUGACUGGUCAAUGCCAUAUCGUCGGAAUUGUUUAUAUUUUACCAAGCAUUCGCGUGGGACAAAAUAGCUUAGUUUGUGUUUUCGUAAAAAACGAAACUGUUCUGAUGCGCCUGAUAACUUAAUGCCAAGAAAUAUGAAUAAAAUAUUAAUUCAACUUCA